AUGAUGAAUAAUGGGAUUCAUAGACAAUCAUCAUUGAGGGAAAAGUUGAAAUCUUCAAUUUGUUGCUUCACGAGUAGCGUUCAUCAUGAUUCAUUAGAGCAUCAAGGAGAAAGAAUAUUCAACAAAUUGCACAUACCCAGGACGCCCAUUUCACCAGCAGGAUCAUAUUCAGGUUCUUCUUCCUCUUUUUGGUUCAAGAAAUCACCAACCGGUGCUAGCGAGUUUGGCACGACCCAUUCCACGACGCCUCGUGGCAGGAGUCGUGGUAUCAGGCACCGCAUUGGGCGUAGGCACCACCGUCAGUCACUAUCCGCUGACUUCAGCUAUGACCCUUCGAGCUACGCCCUCAACUUUGAAAAUGAGGAAGGGCACGAGGAAUUACCCAUUAGAAACUUUAGCUCUCGGUUGCCGGCAUCACCGCCAUCUUCACCACCCAUCAAUUACUCCGAAGAACUCCCAAAAGAGAUUGUUGGGUAUAGCUGA